CCCACACGAAGAUAAAGCACAAGAUAGUGACAGUGCGUGCUUUACUUUUCUUUACACAAGACGUGCCUUGCAGGGCAGGGAAUAUAGUUAAUAUCGGUGUCUAGUAAGUACACUUAGAAGAAAACAAAGCUAAGUUUUAUAAUCUGUCAUUACAGUAUCUCCGAGGAGAACUUCUACAAAUGAGGACGAGCAGAGCCUUGCUUUGUUUUACUGUGCUUGUAUCAGCAUGCAUAAGCGAAUGCAAGUAUCAACCUAACUGGUCGUCUAUAGACUCGAGGCCAUUGCCAGCUUGGUACGAUGAAGCGAAAGUCGGUGUCUUCAUGCACUGGGGAGUGUUUUCUGUUCCUAGUUUUGGCGAGACGGCAUGGCUAUGGGCUUUCUGGCAGAGGGAUCAUGUGAAGCCGUAUGUAGAUUAUAUGACAAAAAACUACAGGCCGGGGUUCACGUAUGCCGACUUUGCUCCGGAAUUCAAGGCGGAGUUUUUCAAUCCUGAUGAAUGGGCAGAGAUACUGGAAGCCUCGGGCGCAAAAUACUUUGUGAUAACUACUAAACAUCAUGAAGGGUUUACUCUGUGGCCUUCUAAGGUAUCCUUCAACUGGAAUGCUAUGCAGGUUGGACCCAAAAGAGAUUUAAUUGGAGAGCUUGCCACUGCAAUCAGAAAUAAGACUAGCUUGCACUUUGGCCUCUAUCAUUCCCUGUUUGCGUGGUUUGAUCCUUUGUAUGUGACAGACAAGAGCAACAAUUUCAAGACACAAUUGUACCCACCGGCAAAAGCCUGGCCUGAGCUGUAUGAGCUAGUGAACAAUUAUAAGCCAGAGAUUCUGUGGUCUGAUGGAGAUGCUGGACCUGAUUGGUACUGGAACUCUACCCAGUUUCUGGCUUGGCUCUACAAUGAAAGUCCUGUGAAAGAUUAUGUAGUAACCAAUGAUCGCUGGGGAAAUAAUGGAAUAAUGUGCCACCAUGGAGGAUAUUACACUUGUGCUGAUAGAUACAACCCUGGUAAACUUCAGAAUCACAAAUGGGAGAAUGCUAUGACACUGGACCGGGUAGCCUGGG